AUGGAGCAAGAAAGUCGACUUCCAAAACGCCAUGUCCUCAUCUUCGACCAUCCGAGAUCCUGUUCCAACCUCCUUGGCAAGCUCCUAGAGACUCACCCAGAUGUGACGAGACUUCAUCGACCGUGGAGGGAUGCGCGAACCCGCGUAGCAGAUAGAACAGGUCUUUCAUUUACGCCAGAGACGGCGGUCAGGUUCCAGAAGAGACGACUUGGAGCCGAACAGCCUGACUUCAGCCACCUGACAGUGGCGAAAGCCAACGAACAUGUGGCGGAAUCGAUAAGAGCGGCGCGUGAGAAGAACACACCGCCAUCCUCAUCACUGACGAAGCCAUCCACGGCACUCUGCACGACUUGUAACGUGAAGGGCAACCUCGCCAUAAUCCAAGAACACACCGCCAUCCUCAUCACUGACGAAGCCAUCCACGGCACUCUGCACGACUCCAGCUCGCUACCCAACCCCUCCGCCAACACCACCAUAAUCCGCUCCGACAUCCUCCAAACCUCCAUCCCCCUGCUCCUAAUCCGCCACCCAGCCCUCGCCAUCCCCUCCUUCCUCCGCAUGCACCUCCUCGAAGAAAUGCUCGUCCCGGAAGACGAAAUGUUCCGGUACUGGAUCAGUUAUCGCUGGCUCCGGAUCAUCUACUCACACCUCGCAUCUCUAGCCCGGGAAAACAGCGCCAACGACCUCGCCGAGCCGGUCAUCAUCGACGCUUACGAUAUUGUGCAGAAAACCCCCGCCGUGAUGGCGAGACUCUGCGAACUCUUCCAUAUCGGUCAGGGCGAGAUACGCGAGACGUGGGAGGUUGGGGAGGGUGUUGUUGGGGAGCCGAAUGAGUUGGACGUGAGGUGGGUGGAGACGUUGUGGGGUUCGAGGGGGGUGAUUCGGAGGGAGGAUGGGGUUGUGGAUUGGGAGAUUCGGGUUGGGGAGUUGGUGGAGGGGUGGGGGAGGGAGUUUGGAGGCGACCGGGGUGAGGUGUUGAAAGGGAUGGUGGAGGGGGAGAUGGAGGAUUAUGGGUUUUUGUGGGAGAGGAGGGUGCGGUUUUGA